AUGCCAGUGCCUCACAGUCAGUGGGAAUCGCUGAUUGUUAUCGUAGAAAAACCUAAUGAAGCGUUGUGCAUCUGGGUAGAUUUCAAGCAUAUAGUGAAUGCCCAGUCAGUAAUCGACGGCCCCCUCAUUCCCAAAGUCAACGACAUUCUCUCUCAUCUGGCUGGAGGGUGCAUCUUCGCCAAAAUCAACCGGAAGGAUCCCUGUCUCCAGAUACCAUUGGACGACAACUUCUGGCAGCUUCUCAUCAUCAAUAUGCCAUUUGGCCUUUUCCAGCAUAAUCAGUUGCAUUUUGGUGACACCAGUGUGCCCAACAUCUUUGUAGAACACCUAACAGGUGAGACAUCAGACACAGCCAGUUAUUUAGACGACAUAUUGGUGGCCGGCGAAGACGCCCAGAACCCGGAUAUCAAUCUUGUUCCCUGUUCACAGUGUUCCAGCAGAUCAAUCUUAAGGGCAACAAGGACAAAUGUUGUUUUGAGAAUCAAGUAG